AUGCAUUCCAAGAAAAAAACAAUUGCAGAUGUCUCAAGCUGGGCUAAUAUGAUGGACGAUCUUUUGACACACAUUGCACGCUUGACUCGUUCCCCUCGACAUCAUAUUCGUAUGACCGCAGUCUGUCGUUCUUGGCGAGCUUCCCUCGCGGAUCAAAAAAUCAACUUCCCUGCAGUUUGUUUAAUGCUACGAGAGGGUGGCAACUGUGACAAUUAUAAUUUCUACAGUAUGUGGGAAGAAAUCUUCGAUGAGCUCGAUUUACCGGAGUUACGAGGAAGGAGAUAUUGGGGAAGUCCUUUUGGUUGGUUGGUAUCACAUGGCCUCAAUUGCGAAAUUCGACUGUUUAAUCCAUUCUCAAGAGCUACCUUUCCCCUUCCUAAAAAUCACUCGCUUAUAGAAAAACUAAUAUUAUCUAUAAAUCCCGAAGAGCCGAACUCUAAUUGUAUAGUUUUUGCAAUUUAUUGGGGUUUUCUCGAUCGUCGAUACAUUGCUUUUGCAAAGCCCGGUGAUCUAGCAUGGCGUACUCUGAGUUACGACGGCAACGAUAAUGAUGAUGGUUUUAAGUUUUUAAUUGAUGACGCCAUUUAUUUCAAGGGUAAUUUCUAUGGUUGUUUAAAUACUGGUGAGAUUGUUUUAUUUGAAGACUUACAUGGAGCUCAUCCAAAAGCCGUGGAAUUUGCCCCACAGCCUCCAAAUUUUCAUGGUGGUCGCACCUGUUAUCUAUUUGCUUUAGGUGAAAAUCUCUGUAUGACAUGUCGCGAUCCAUGUGAUGACGAUGACGAUUAUGAAUGCAAUGGUUAUACGAUUUUCAAAUUAGACAUGGACACUAAGAGUUGGGAGAAGAUUUAUUCAUUGGGGGAUAGGUCUUUGUUCUUGGGAAAUUGUUGCACUUUCACUGUUGCCGCCGCUGAUUACCCUGGUUGCAAGCCUAAUUGCAUUUACUCCACGGAGGAAUCUAUUCACGUCGAAAGCAUCGGCAUCUAUGAAGUAGAAAAAAAUAGGGACAAAGAUAUAGGUUUGGAGCCUUUCCCCAUGUCAAAACAAGUAGAACAUCUCCUCCCUUCUUUAUCUCCUCCGGUUUGGAUCAUUCCAUACCCUCUUUAA